CUCUUGACUUCACCCUUGCGCUGUCUGUCGUCUCUUCUUGCUUCCCCUUUCCCCGUUCUCACGUUCCAUUGCCUCUCCCCGCACAACGUGUGCUAUGAACCCCGAGUCUUUCCAUAUUAACGGCUAUUUACCCACACCAGUCAGUCCCUGCCCACCGAAGGGCAGACCGUGUCUUGGAUAGCAUUCGCUCUGUUGAUCCGCCCCUUCGGAUCAGAUCUGCCCUCCCUCCCCGACGGCCGUCUAAGGCGUGGAACCGGCGUUGCAGAAGCGAAGCUGCCGGUCCCUUACCUACUUUAGCCGCCAGUUCUCGCCCACCGUCUUCAUCAUGACUGCUCCCAUAAACACGCCCUCGACCUCGACAGCAAAGGAUGCCGCCUCGGCCCGGAAGCGGAGGAGAAGGGCGCCAGCGGGAGGAGCCGCAGAUGACUGCUUUACCUGCGCUAAGCGGAAUGUGAAAUGCGAUCGGAGGAGGCCUUACUGCUCUCAGUGUUUGGAGAUCGGGAACGAGUGUUCUGGCUACAAGACGCAACUAACAUGGGGCGUCGGCGUGGCAAGCCGGGGCAAGCUGAGGGGGCUGUCGCUGCCCAUUGCGAAGGCACCGCCAGUGAAUUCGGCCAAGGCCGUCAAGUCGCCGACAGCGGUAAGGCCGCGGACCGGCUCAACGGCUUCCACAGGCCAGUGGACGGUCGAGCAGGAUGAUCGAGCCGUCGGGGACGAAGGAGACAUGCGCAAGAACCGGAAGCCGUCCGUGCCGUCCCUCCCGCCACCGCCCUUCCACCACUAUGAUAUGUCGCACAUGUCACCCACCGAGGCGGCGCCGCCAGGCUGGACGCACAUCCCUUUCUCAUCGAGCAUGACUGCAAAUGAUGGUUCGAGAUUCUCGGCGGCUCCUAGGUUAGGACCUCUUCACAUUCCGGUUUCGACACCCGGGGACAUGAUGUCGCGCGACAUGAUCCAUACGCCAAUCGACUCGAUGAGCGAUGUUGACUACAUGUCGCCUAUUGCGCACUCAUUUCCGAGAGACGACGGUCUCCCUUCGUUUAUUCACAGCCCCAUCGUCUACGAGGGUUUCCCCACUCACACGUCCCCUGUUCCCCAGAGCCCGGUGGCCGCCAUCAUGAUUGAGCAGUCUCGGUCCCAGGCACCGUGUCCCAGCCUUGUUUACGCUCCCUCCGAACCCGCCUCGAGUCUCCAGUCUCACAUGUCUCAUGUAGAGAGCCUGGAAGCCCAGUUGAGUCGCAAACUGCCCCACGAGUGCGACGUCUUGGUCCCCGGGACACCCGACCUGGACACAUACAGCUCAAGCGCCCAGUCUCACGGGCCGUUCUGGUCUCACUCAAGUGCCGACGAUGAGUCCAUUUCACAGAGCGCCUCUGACCGGAAUCCUGCCCCGUGGCCAGGAACCUUUCCGUCACAGCCGCCAUCACCAGUCUUGCAAGUGAGCCCGGAUCUUAUCACCAAGAUGCCUUUUUUCAUGGAUUAUUAUGAGAAGACGAUAUGCCCGAGUAUGGUAUACAUCGACGGACCCAGCAACCCGUUCAGAGAACACAUUCUUCGGCUCAGCACCAGCAGCAGGAGCUUACAACACGCCAUCUGCGCGCUUGCGGCAUGUAAUCUAAGGAUGAAGCGAAGACUCAGCCUUGGACACCAUGGCAGGGAUAUGAGUGAGAAACGGCUAGACAUGGGCUCGAUGGACGAAGGAUGCGAUGGGCAGCCUGGAGACCAGUCGCUCGCCGAGGAGUUCCAGCACCGGAACCUUGCGGUCCGUCUGCUCAACGAGCAGCUGAACGACGCCGAGAAAUCGACACACGACUCGGUACUCGCCACUAUUCUGCUGCUGUGUCACUACCGGAUGGCUGAGUCGGGAAUCGCGAAAUUUCAAACGCAGUUUGCGGGCGUCAAGAAGAUCCUAGGAAUGAGGCGAAUGUCGCCGUACCCGCCCUCUAGAGAUUCCGUCUGGAUGGAGGCGCUAUUUACUUAUUUUGACGCGAUAUCCGCAAGCGUCAAUGACCGCGAAGCACAACUCAACACAUCAUUCUACGGCGUCCUUCCUGACGCACAACUACUACCUCACGGUGCCGAGAAUCUCGUUGGUUGCGACCGCGAAUUAUUCAAGUCCAUUAGCAAGCUGGGCAGAUUGAACCUUCUCUCCCAGCACCGCCCUGUACAGAACCUCCUCUCUUCGGCGCCCCUUCCCCGCAUCACUGCUUCCUCCAGAUCGGAGUCGCCUCUCGGCCUUCCCUUUAAGCCACCUCCUCUGCUCAGCUUACCGGAUCACUCUCACAGCCUGUUUGGCGGGCCUCCACACCCCAUCAACAGCAGCGUCCGGUUCGACGGCAACGGCUUCAAUGCGGGCUUCGAUGACGAAGACAUGCUCAACUCGGCAGCGGCCGCUCUACACUCGCCCACGACGUACGACGAUCCCCGCAGCAUGUUUUGGCGCGAGUGGAAGGAAGCUCGGAUGGCGCUCCAAAGCUGGCAAUUCGACGCCGCCCGCAUCCGCGCCUCGCUGGCCACCCCGCUACCGCCGCCCUCCUCCUCGGCGUCUUCGCACAUGUCCCCGCCGCCGCUGUUGCCGACAAACGCCCAGGUGCGAGACCUGGGCUCGCUGAGCGAGGCUUUCCGCUACGCCGCGCUGCUCUACACGGAGCGCCUCGCCAGCCCCAACGUCCCGUCCAACCACAACAACUUCCGGAACCUGGUCAGCCAGGUCGUGUACUACGCCACCAGCCUCGAGGCGGGCAGCGCGGCCGAGAAGUUCUUGCUCUGGCCGCUCUUUAUCGCUGGCAGCGAGUGUGUCAACGAGCUACAGCAGAACAUUGUCCGCUCAAAGUGCAGGGAGAUAAUGGCACGCAGCGGCUACAUGAACAACUUGUCUGCGUUGGAGGUUCUGGAGAGGAUAUGGGGUGGAGCUGCCGCUAAUAAUUGUUCUACUGGUGCUGGCAGCGGUGAGCAUGGCGGGCAUGGGCAUACCGAUAAUCGAGGCGCGAUGGGCAGGGGCGGACCAUUCAACUGGGCAAAGUGUAUCGGCGGGCCUGGGGUUGAUGUUGAGUGGAUUAUGUUCUGAUGGGCUGUGAUAUUGUCUAAUGUUUACGGCAAAUGUCUGAUGAUUAUUGGGGUUUACGAUGGAUGGGAUUGGGGACAUGGGGAAUAUGUUAGACACCGGUACACGGGGUGUGUAGAGGGGCGAUGCUCAUGUAUGUGCGCUGUCUGUCUUGUGUCUGUUUUUUGGUUCGAGAUUUGGAGCGGGAUCUUCCAUCUCUGAUUUCCCCCUUUUUCUUCAUCAUGUAUCAUGUAGUAUGCAUACCCUGGAGUGUUUGGGGCUGGCAUUGCUUACAGGGGUUUUACUUUGCUGUCCAGGCGCAGGUAUACGGUUCGCUCCGCCAUAGUAUGUAGUAGGUAGUCCAUACUUGUUUGGGAAUCACUGGAAAUGGUGCUAUACAUGGUUCCAUCGCUCAAAAUAAAGAUGUCUUCAC